AUGAUUCAAUAUGUAAUUAAAUUGGAAUUGUCAGAAUAGUAUAAAUUAAUAGGAUCACUUUAAGAGAAUUCACUUUCAUCUCUCAUCCUCACUAGAUUAUAUGUUAUUCUUAAAUUAAUUAGUUUCCAUAAUUCAAUCUAACACUCCCUUUAAACUACAUCCUAUUCUAAUGUUUUCGAGAAAUUUUAAAAGUAUGGAUGUGUUUAGAUAGCAGAACUAUUUGUGCGUUUAUAGUAAGCAAGUUUUUAGCUUUUAAUGAAGAGUAAUUUCUCUAAUUUAUUGAUUUAAACCCUAUAUGUAGAAUUAUCAAAAAGGGAACAUAUUUUGAUGGGUUUACUUGAAUGCACUCUUAGAUUGAGUAAUGCAAAUUAGAUUAUCUAAUAGAGAUUUACAGUUAAAUUGUUAGAAUCCCAAAAAAUGAUAUAGGUUGGGAUAUCUAUUUUUUAGAUUAUGAAUUUGAACAACAACUAAAAACUAUUGUUAAUCAUAGAAUUAUGCUAAAUUAUUAUAAAAUAUUCAAUUAUUUAUGGGGUAUUAAAAGAGUUGAAUGAACUCUUAUUUAAUCAUUGA